CUUACCGCGAGUCGCAAUGGAGUCUGCUACUGAGAAUGAACGAGAUGGAGUUCUCUACUUCGCCUAUGGUUCCAACCUCUCUUCAGUACAAAUGCGCGAGCGAUGUCCUAGGUCUACACCCAUCGGCCUUGCGUAUCUAUCCGGCUGGACAUGGAUUAUCAAUGAGCGGGGUUAUGCGAAUAUCGUGGAGGACAGGACCAAAGCAGGGGGCAUCUACGGUAUUAUCUAUCGUCUACAUCCAGAUGACGAAGAAUGGUUGGAUAUGAACGAAGGUGUUCCGUGGGCUUAUGAACGGCGAUUUAUCGAAGUUGAUGGUUUGGCGACUACGUCUGCAGCAAAAGGCAAAGGGGAGGGGAAAGGUGAAUUAACGGAUCAAGAAAAAGCGUCUGAGAAGAUUCAGGCCCUUGCAUACAUCGACUUCCACCGAAUCAGACCGAGUCAUCCGAAAACCGAAUAUAUUUACCGCAUGAACAACGGUAUCGAGGAAGCGAUGGUACGGUGGGGAUUACCCGAACAGUAUGUUGAUUCCGUUAUAAGACCAUCCAUCCCCGCCGGGGGUAAGCGAUAA